CAAUAGCAAACAAUUAAAAGUAAUGGUUUAUAAUGCCUGAUGUAAACAAUAAUAAAGAUUAAUGACUGUUUAUGGAUAUCAUUUUAACUUUAUUUCCAAUUAUGCUUGUUGACAGUAUUUAAUCCCAAAUAUCGAAAUGUCAGAAACUUAUGAUUUCCUUUUCAAAUUUCUUGUUAUUGGAAGUGCUGGUUCAGGCAAGUCCUGUAUGUUACAUCAGUUUAUUGAAAAAAAGUUCAAGGGUGACAGCAGUCAUACAAUUGGUGUGGAAUUUGGUUCCAAAAUAGUUACUGUUGCUGGAAAAACUGUUAAAUUACAGAUAUGGGAUACUGCUGGUCAGGAAAGAUUCAGGUCUGUGACACGAAGUUACUAUAGAGGUGCUGCUGGUGCACUUCUUGUUUAUGACAUAGCUAACAGAGAAAGUUACAAUGCGCUUGGCGAAUGGCUAACAGAUGCUAGAACUCUUGCAAGUCCUAACAUUGUCAUCCUUUUAGCUGGGAAUAAAAAAGAUCUAGAUGAUGAUAGACAAGUUACUUUCUUAGAAGCAAGCAAAUUUGCCCAAGAGAAUGAGCUCAUGUAUCUUGAAACUAGUGCUAAAUCUGGAGAAAAUGUUGAAGAAGCUUUCUUAAAGUGUUGCAAAACAAUCCUUGCAAAAAUUCAAAAUGGUGAAUUGGAUCCUGAACGCAUAGGAUCUGGCAUUCAGUUUGGAGACUCUAAGGCUAGGUUAUUAAGACAAGAUAAAACAAGAAAACAAGGAGAUUGCUUUUGUUCUGUUUAACAGUUUUUAUUAGAAUAUGCUCCAGUUCUACCUAAUUCUGUGAUGCUUAGCCUCUUCAGUAUAUGAUUUAUUAUAUCGAAAUUUUGGAUGCCCUUCAAACGUCUUUCGUAGUGAAUUUAGUUACAUAUUUAGCUAUAUUAUAAUUC